CACAUUCAGACUGCAGAGCGAACCAGACACUUGCCGUGCAUGCGAAUGUGCUGCGGGUUAAUCCAUAGUAUGCAGAUGAGUGUGUCAGAAACCCGAUGCUCUCCUCGGAGGAGGUGUAGCUUUGCGGGAGCCUGGGAGGCUUCAGUUCCAGCUGUGAGUGCAGGCUGACGGGGUGAGCGGGAGGGAAGAGCUGGAGCAGCGGAGGGGGUAGGGGAGAGAGACAGACACCCCCACAUGCAGCGAGAGUACCGUCCCUCGGCUGUGCUGUGGGCCUGGCAAUUGAAGCCUGUCCGGGCAAACAAGGAAGAGCAGAUGGAGAGCAUGUUGCAAAUCUUACUCAUUUCAAACCCAAGAGGUGCCUCACCUGCUUAGUCACCGUUCUGUCAUGGCUGAGAUUGCACCCAGCCCUCCCGGAGAGAUGAGUCAGUGGGGUUUGCGCCGAGGACACAGGCUGUCUGGCUCGCUCGGGGGACUGUGGGGAAGUCUCCGGCUCGGGAAGAGACAGGCGGCCCUGUGGGGUGGUCGCUGCUGGCUGAGCUGAAGGUGCUGCCUUUGUUGUUGUCUGCUGUGGCCAGAGGUAUGUCACCAUGCCGAGUGCCAGCAGCUGAACCACAGCAAUCCCUUAAACUUGUGUGAGGCCUGUGACCGCAAGUUCCACGGCACCAUGCACUUCGACGGGCACAUCCGCUUCGACCUGCCACCCCAAGGUUCCAUUCUGGCCCGGAACGUAUCCACGCGCUCAUGCCCCCCACGCACCAGCCCUGCCUCUGACAUGGAGGAGGAGGACGAAGGGCUAGUGGAUGGGAGAGGGGACAAGAAGAGCUCGGCGCUGAAGCUCCCCAAGAAGAAAGCCCGGCGCAGACACACGGAUGACCCCAGUAAAGAGUGCUUCACCCUGAAGUUCGACUUGAACGUGGACAUAGAAACGGAGAUCGUCCCGGCCAUGAAGAAGAAGUCCCUGGGGGAGGUGCUGCUGCCGGUGUUCGAGAGGAAAGGCAUCGAGCUGGCGAAGGUGGAUAUUUAUCUGGAUCAGUCCAACACGCCUCUGUCACUCAGCUUCGAAGCGUACCGCUUUGGGGGACACUACCUGAGGGUGAAAGCCAAACCCGGCGAUGAGCUCAAGGUGGAGCAGGCCGUGAAAGACUUCAAAUCGCUGAGUCUGCCCAUCAUGCGGUCCUCAGGCUCUGCCUCCACCUUCCUCUUCACUCCCACCGGGGAGAGACCGGACCAGCCGCCCUUCCGCCGGGAGAGCAUGGACAUCCUGGCCCCGGGGCGGAAGCGGAAGAACAUGAACGAGUUUCUGGGCGAUUCCAGCAUCCCAGGCCAGGACCCGCUGCAGCACUUCAGCUGCUCCCUGCCCAGCAACGGCAUCGAUACGUGGAAGAAUCGGGCCGCCAGUCGCUUCAGUGGCUUCUUUGGCUCCGGCGCUAGCCCCGGCCCCUUCGGACGGGAGCUGGACAAGAUGGAGCAGCUGGAGAGCAAGCUACACAGCUAUGGCAUCUUCGGCCUCCCCAAGCUCCCCCAGCAGCUGCGCUUCGACCAGGACUCCUGGGAGGAAGAGGAGGAUGACGCCAGCCUGUGCCUGGAAGACAGCUGGCAGGAGAUCACCGAGGGCACGGAGGCCCUGACGCGCCGGCAGUGCCACCAGCAGGAGGCCAUCUGGGAGCUGCUGCACACAGAAGCCACCUACAUCCGGAAGCUGAAAGUGAUCACAGACCUCUUCCUCUGCUGCCUGCUGAACCUGCAGGAGUCGGGGCUGCUGUGUGAGGUGGAAGCUGAGCGUCUGUUCAGCAACAUCCAGGAGAUUAUCCAGCUGCACCGGGCCUUGUGGAGCAGUGUCAUGGCCCCCGUCCUGGAGAAGGCCAGGAAGACCAAGGCGCUGCUGGACCCUGUGGACUUCCUAAAGGGAUUCAAAAUGUUUGGCUCCCUCUUCAAGCCCUACGUCCAGUACUGCAUGGAGGAGGAGGGCUGCAUGGAGUACAUGCGCACGCUGCUGCGGGACAACGAGCUCUUCCGGCUCUACGUGACGUGGGCAGAGAAGCACAAGCAGUGCAACCGCCUGAAGCUCAGCGACAUGCUGGUGAAGCCGCACCAGCGCCUCACCAAGUACCCGCUACUGCUCAAGUCGGUGCUGAAGAAAACGGACGACCCUUGCACCCGGGACGCCAUCGUCACCAUGAUCAAUUCCGUGGAGCGGUUUAUCAACCAUGUGAACUCGCGGAUGCGCCAGCGGCAGGAGCAGCAGAGGCUGGUGGCCAUCCUCAGCCGGAUUGACUCCUACGAAGUGGUGGACAGCAGCACGGAGGAGGUGGAUAAGCUCCUGAAGGAGUUCCUGCACCUGGACCUGACGGCCCCCAUCCCAGGCACCUCCCCUGAGGACACGCGGCAGCUCCUCCUGGAGGGGAGCUUGAAAAUGAAGGAAGGUAAAGACAGUAAGAUGGACGUUUACUGCUUCCUCUUCACGGACCUGUUCCUCAUCACCAAGCCGGUGAAGAAGGCCGAGCGCACCAAGGUCAUCCGGCAGCCCCUGCUCGUGGACAAGAUCAUCUGCCGGGAGCUCAAGGACCCCGGCUCCUUCCUCCUGAUCUAUCUCAACGAGCUUCGCAGCGCCGUGGGAGCCUACACCUUCCAGGCCAGCGGGCAGUCCCUGUGCCGCGGCUGGAUCGAGGCACUGUACAAUGCACAGAACCUCCUGCAGCGGCUGCGUCUCCAGGAGCGGCAGCGUAGCCAGCGGCAGCAUCUGCAGAGCCUGGAGGAGGGAGAGGAUGGGGAGAGCGGGGCCUCGGCAGCCAGCUCGCCCACCAUCCUGCGCAGGAGCAGCAACAGCCUGGACUCCCAGCAAUGCCCCUCCGAUGGCUCCACGGAGACCAUCUCGGUGGUGGUGGUGGAUGCCAGCGAGGAGCUCUCCUUCCCGGACUUGGAAGUGGGGCCAUUCAGCUCGCAGUCGGACGAGACCUCCAUCAGCACUACCGCUUCGUCCACCACCCCCACCCGGGAGCUGCUGGAGGGGGGCGGGGAGCUUGCAGAGACACACCCCCCCCCCAGCUCCAAUUGCCUGACGCUGGAUUCCAGCGGCUGCAGAUCGGCGUCCAUCGACAGCGCCUACGGCACCCUCUCCCCCACCUCCAUCCAGGAGUUUGCUGAGGUGCAGCAGCUGGAGCCAGGGGCGGAGGAUGGGGGGCCCCCGCACUCGCAGCGUGCCCCCUCGCCCAAGCUGCGCCGCAGGACGCCCGUGCAGCUCCUGCCCUGCAAGGUGAAAGCGCUCAAGUCCAAGUCGGAGGCCAGCCUGCUGCAGCUGAUCCCAGCCUCGCCCCCUCUCGCCCAGAGCAAGAGCCUCUGCGACCUCUUCACGGCUCCGGGCCAGGCCACGUUCCUGGCAGGCCCCAGCCAAGGACUUGCACGGCGCGAGGUCCCGGCUGGCUUCCAGAGGACUAGCAGGGCGGGUGCCGGGAGCGGGGAAGCCCGGUCAGACGGCAGUAGCCGCGGCCUGAGCAUCUGCAGCAGCAGCAGCGGCUCCUCGUCAGAGCUCUCCGAGCCCGAGGAGCUGAUGUGUGCCAAGGGCUUUGCUUACCCAGCCGAGAGCAACGUGACGGCCCCUGCUGCGCCUGGGCGGGAAGCUCCCCCAGCAGGGCCUGAGGGGGCAUCUGCCCCGUGCCGGGCUCCCAGCACCGCCGUGACCGAGCCCCUUGCCCACCGGACACUGUCAGACCCGCAGGCGGCCCAGCACCGCAAGCUGACGCUGGCUCAGCUGUACAGGAUCAGGACCACCUUGCUCCUCAACUCCACACUGACCGCCUCGGAGGUCUGAGAGCUGCAGGAGGCUCCAGGAGAGGAGCAGUGCUGCCAGUUCCGCCAACCCCUGACGAUGGAGCUCGAGCGCCCAGGGCCCUGGGAGACGUUAGGCCCCGAAAGCAGCGGCCAGCAGCGCGUCACGGCUGCGUGUGGGUGGGAGAGAGACAGGGCGUAGGCGUGUGGACAGAGGGACCGGGGGUGCAUGUGCUGGUGCAUGUCUCUGUGGGGAAUGUGCGCAUGUGUCUGUGUAGGGGGGAGUGUGUGCGUGGGGGGGAGUGUGUGUGCAUGAGCGUGUGGGGCAUGUGUGCGCGUCUGUGGGAGUUUGUGCGUGUACGUGUGGGGCGGGCGUGUGUGUGCAUGAGCGUGUGGGGCGUGUGUGCGGUCUGUGGGAGUUUGCGUGUACGUGUGGGGCGUACGUGUGUCUAUGGGAGUUUGCGCAUGUGCGUCUGUGGGAGUGUGUGUGUGUGGGGGGGGCGUGUGUGCGCGUCUGUGGGACGUGUGUGCAUGUGGGACGUGUGUGCGUGUGGGGCGUGCAUGUGUGUCUGUGGGAGUGUGUGUGUGGGGGGGCGUGUGUGCGUGUCUGUGGGACGUGUGUGCAUGUGGGACGUGUGUGCGUGUGGGGCGUGCAUGUGCAUCUGUGGGAGUGUGUGUGUGUGGGGGGGGCGUGUGCGCGUGUCUGUGGGACGUGUGUGCAUGUGGGACGUGUGUGCGUGUGGGGCGUGCAUGUGCAUCUGUGGGAGUGUGGCUGCGCGUGGGACAGACUCCAGGGAACCGUGGCCUGGGUUCCUCGUGGAAGGGGGCUGCGCUGGUGCUGGCCCGGGAGCCCGUCCUAGGCCGGGGCGGGCCUGGAGCUGCGUGAAUCCCGGGAGCCGCUGCAUUGGAGCCCCUGCAGCUGCGCCUGAGAACUCUGGAGCCGAGGCCGGGCUGAGGGCGCCCCCUACAGGACCUGUUUCUCAGCUGUCAGUCGCUGUAGCAGAGCCCCGGAGUUGGGGCUGCCUGCCUGGGCGGUGCUCGGAGAGUUCCUGACAGUCAGUGAGCAGUAGGGUGACCGGACAGCAAGUGUGAAAAAUCAGGAUGGGGGUGGGAGGGUAAUAGGAGCCUAUAUAUGAAAAAGACCCAAAAAUCGGGACUGUCCCUAUAAAAUCGGGACAUCUGGUCACCCUAGUGAGGAGUGACCAAAUGCUGCCACCUUGUCCUUGGAGAGCCCUGGUCCAGAGGGCUCUGCUGGGCUUCCGAACUUGCCCAUCCUGCCUCAGGCCUGCUGACAACCCCCCUCCCCAGGGUCCGGCAGCGCAGACUGGGGCUUGGGAGCUGGGUGUGACUGCAGCCUUCCAUGCACCGCUGGCCUGUUGCAGUGGGGGAGACACACAAGCCUGCGUCCCAUGCUGCCACAUUGCAUCAGGUUGAGCAAAAGCCAAAACACUGCAGCAAAGACCGAGGUCUCCCGCCUGGCUGGGACCCCAUUGUCGAGCUUCCCACUUCUCUGUGAACUGUCUCUGCAGUGAACUGUCUGUUGCAAGGGCUGCAGGGUGACCCCAGGCCCAGGCGAAAGAGCAGGGGGUUCUGAAUGCACUUUAGUUGCGGUAAGCUGCAUUUCCUGCAGCGGGGCACAGCACCAGUGCAGCCAGAAGGAAAGGGUCAGAGGGGAAUAGCCAGAGCUUUUCCCCUUCCCCUAAGCUCACAUGCCAUUGCCGGUCUGCGGCCUGGCCGCCCUGGGAGCUCUCCCGAGGAUGGCAGCUGUGUCCUGAAGGGGGUUGUGCUGCAGGAGCCAGGAGCAAAAGCCCCUUUAAAUUCCAUCCCCGGUGACCGUCCCACGAGAACGCGAGCGCUCGCACUGCAGCAAAGAGCUAGACCAGGGCAGCCCCUGCCCACCGCCAGCCACCACGGCUGCUCGGUUGGCUCCCUGCUGGGGUGAGUUGCUUCUCUCUGCUUGACCAAAGCCCCCCAAAUGUGGUUUUCCCCUGAGGCUAACGCCCCGGGGGGCGGCGUUGUUCCCAAGGCAGUGGGCUGGGUGACUCAGGCACUGGCACCAGGAAGUUGCGAUGGGCUUACUGAGGAAGGGAUCUACAUGUUGCAGUGGGUGAAGAGGGACGAGGACUACAGUGAGAGGCACGGGCAACGGGGCGCUACCAUGGACGCUGCGCCCCGCUGGCCAUGGGCGUGGCAAGGUGGCAGGGGCUAGGAAGGCGGGGGAGGCCGGGGAGCAGGGGUGAUGUCAGACUGGGGAGGGGCAUGGCUGGAUCCAUCAGCUCCCAGCUCCAGCUGCCUGCUCCCAGCCUCGCCUUUCGGGGGGAAGGAAAGGCUGGGAGCAGCCUGGGGGCUGGGCCGCAGGGUCCCGCUCCUGCUGCCUGCCCAGCUCGGCUGAGGGUGCGCUGCUGCUGCAGGGGUGGGGCUCCCCACAUCCUGGGGGGCUGGGUCCUCCCAGCAGCCUGUGGCUGUUACAGGGAACCCCAGGCAAGCAGGAAGAGCUGUGUAUGGGGUGGCUAUCUUGGAGGUGUGGGGAGAGACCAAAGGAGCCUGUGGGGAACGGGGGGCCCCGGAGGGCCCUGUGCUGAAUAGUGUUCCCGCGGGUGGGAAGGGCGCGUUGGACCUGGCCAGUGCACACAGUGCUGGGGAGGGGGCAUUGCCAUGGGGGCCUUGCGUAGGCCUCACUCAGACCCCGCCUCGGGGCGCCGCUUUGGCCCCCAGAGCUGGUCUCUGGAGCGGCAGCAGGAGGCUUGUGCAGCGAGCGCUCACCCAGCUCUUUCCCCAACGCUUCCCACUGCAGCCCAGGGAGGGGGACCACUUCUCCUUCUUGGCUGGGCUCCCUGCGGCUGGGGCCAGGACUGCCUGGAUGGCACUGCUGGCCUCGCUGGAGUUCGUUACACUUGGCUGCCAGCAGGCAGUGGAGGCUGCCGCAGAACGGCAGCAGAGGGUGGGAAAGGACCUGGGGCUGGGUGGCAGAUUGCUCUCCCGUCUGUCCCAGCCCCUGGGCACGCGCGCUCACCCCUGGAUGUGUGUAGAUAAAGUUGCAUAUUUAUUAAGCUUGGUGUUAAUUUUCUGAAGCUGCGUCCUGGCGGGCCUGCGGCAGGGAACAGCGCUGCCUCCUUUUCCGGCUGUCCUGGGGGGUGCAGGGCAGGAGUGCGUUGAACAUUAUCCCUGCGCUGGGCCGUUCCCACCGCCGCAGCCUCCCGGGCGAAGCAUUAAAGACCGUGCGUGUG